GCGCCAUCUUACCAUCUAGGACUAGAACUCGAGGUUGUUGUCAUUCCUUUUUCCGUCAACCAAAUCGGGUUAAUUUGUGAUAUUAAUUAUUAGUCAGAUGUAAAAUGCCAGUCAAAGUUGAUAUUGUUCCUCCUCCACCUGCCAACUCCAAACAACCAGGCGUAACAAGGUCACUUCUUUACAACGGAUCUCGGUUCCAAGGUCACCAGAAAUCGAAGGGAAACAGCUACGAAGUUGAAGUAGUAUUGCAGCAUGUAGAUGAAGAGAACUCGUAUCUUUGUGGAUACUUGAAGAUCAAAGGUUUAACAGAAGAGUUUCCAACAUUGACAACGUUUUUUGAUGGAGAGAUUAUAAGUAAAAAGUAUCCGUUCCUCACACGUAAAUGGGAUGCUGACGAAGAUGUGGAUAAAAAACAUUGGAGCAAGUUCAGUUCAUUUUAUCAGUACGCAAAGACGUUCAACUCUGACUGUUUCGACUACGACGGUCUCAACCUUACAGACUACGUGUUUAUGAGGUGGAAAGAACAUUUCCUCGUUCCAGAUCAUACGAUAAAAGACAUAAAUGGCGCCAGCUUCGCCGGUUUCUAUUACAUUUGUUUCCAAAAGUCUGCCGCAACAAUCGAGGGCUAUUACUACCAUCGGAGUUCAGAAUGGUACCAGUCGCUGACGUUAAGUCAUGUUCCCGAACACAGCACACAAAUCUACGAGUUCAGGUGAAACUGUUGUGCGAAACAAUGACACUCAAAAACCCACGGAAUCGGUGAAAUUUCAGUCGGUAUAGUCAUAUGUUUUGUUAUUUUUUUAUUAAAGUUUAAACCUGUUUUAAAUGUCUUGUCAGCUGUUUAUUUUCGUGUGUGUACAUUACAGUGCUAGGGUUACCAUUGUGUAAAUCGUGUACAGUCUUGUCCGUGUAACAUAGACCUUGUAAGACUGAGUGAUUUAAUCUCGAGGGAAACUUUUAUACUCCUUAUCUUUUUAGAUUUAUUUAUGUGGUUUUAAUUCUGUGUUUUUUUUUUACUGUUCUCUGUUUUCAUGUAGUUUUUGAGACUUUUUGUUGUUUCAACGUCUUUGUUAUUUAUAGAGGUUUUUUAUGAACAUUUUAUGAGAUGUGAAUGAAGUUUUGGAUGGUAACCCAUGAUGGGGUUUGUAUUUGAUUUGAAUUCAGUUGUAACAUGUUUAACCCUUUUAGAGCUAAGUCGCCCGCUUACUUGAAGAUACUACUAUACUUUUUCUAAUCCUGUCUUCAAUUCAUGUUUUGAAUCAAUUAGGCCUACCUAAUGGUAUAUAUAUAAAAUUGAUAAUGUGCAUCUAGUCCUAUUAAAAAAAAAUUGGAACUCGUGUUUAUUUAUGAUUUUAAACAACCAAUUAUAGGCCUACUCCAACAGGUUAUUUUAUUCUGUACGCAUAUUAAUGUUAAGGUCAUACAUUUAUAAGAUCAGUCCAAACUAUAAUUUUUUUGCUAGGCUAUGCAAUA